AUGAACAUAACCCCUGGAUCCAUCUUCUGCCUGUCCGACCUCAUCAACGCCUUCUACCAACAAUUCGCCAGCAGUCGCCAGUUGGAGAAACAAACAAGUGACCUCUAUCGGUUGGUCCAAGGACCUACCGAGUCGGUACGCGAUUAUUUUAACCGUUUUAAUUGUGAGAAAAUUAGUAUAAAAAACUGUGGUGUCAGGACAGCCAUCGAAGCAUUCAAGAGAGGUCUCGUCCCCAACUCGGAGCUGUACCGGGAACUAACCAAAUAUCCCUGUGCAACCUUCGAAGAGGUCAGAUCGAGGGCCACUGCCCAGAUGCGGAUAGAAAACGACGAGAUUACACGAAUGGUUUCUCAGCGACCAGCAGGGGGCAGCAGCGACAGGAGGUCGUACACCCCAAGGAACAACAGCUGGAGACACCAACCAUACAACCGCCAGAAUCAGGUACAAAAUGUCAAUCAAUAUGAUGAUACUAACAGUGUUUACAGGAAUGAACGGGUCGUUUAUCCCCCUAUCUCCGAGUAUGGCUUCAACGUCGACAUCGGAGGCGUGGUGAACGCCCUUCAAAGUGUAGGUGGUACCGUCAGAUGGCCUAAGAAGAGCGACAGACCAGACUCUACGAAGGACAUGAGCAGGUGGUGCGACUUCCACCGCGACAAUGGCCACACAACCGAGGAAUGCAUCUCCCUCAAAAAGGAGGUAGCGUAUCUACUGAAAAGAGGCCACCUGAAGGACCUACUGAGCGACAAAGGAAAGGAGACGUACAACAAGGACAGCAACUCCCAACCCAACCCAGCACCAAGCGGCGACCGACCGGCCCCGCCCACGUUCGAAAAAGUGGUAAACGUUAUUUCUGGUGGUUCAGAUAUAUGUGGACUAACUUCUUCUGCAGCUAAAAAAAUCAACAGAGGCGAAUCUGAAGCCGUCAAAGAGGGGAAGACCGAAGACGAAGUAGCACUCGACAAGUCAUUAGCAGCGAUGAUAAUAACCUUCGACGACUUAGAUUCAACCGACACACAACAGGAACAUCAUGACGGUCUAGUCAUAUCGCUCCCAAUAGGCAACGCCCUCAUCAAAAGGAUACUGAUCGACAACGACAGUUCAGCAAACGUAUUGUUCCUAGAGGCUCUGCAAGAAAUGGGACUAGACGAAAAGAGUAUAAUCAGAAGGUCGACAGUCCUAGUAGGAUUCAGUGGAGAAUCGCUACGAACAGUAGGAGAGAUAUCGCUGCCUACAUACGCAGAAGGUGUUAAUGUGAUGACCAAGUUCAACGUCGUCGACUGCCCAUCAGCAUACCACGUCAUUUUGGGACGACCAUGGAUCCACAAAAUGAAGGCGGUGCCGUCGACAUACCACCAGUCAAUCAAGUUCCCAACCAAAUGGGGAGUCAUGGAAAUCAAAGGACAACAAAGGGACGCAAAGAAAUGUUAUGAAACGGCGCUGAAACCAUCAAAGUCAUCCAUCUAG